AUGCUGUUUGUUACGUUUACAUAAAGAAAACGCAGUGGACUGGACUUUUCAUUUAAAUCUGUUUUAUCAUUUUUUAUGAGUGCAAUAUUAUUUCAUCUGAAUUAUGUGGAAAAACUUAACACAAUGUAUACACCCAGAUUCUCUCACUGAUAUUGAAAGAUGUUACGGUGAUUGCCUUAUAGUCAUGUGCUACAGUUUAAAUGCUGCUGGACAAAUUACAUGUGAUUUUGAUUUUGUAAGUGAAAAUAACACGUCCUACGGCUACGUUUUUUUUUUUUUGCAAAAGACACUAAUUGUGCAUGAAAGUGUGCAAGAGGGUAAUUUCUGUGGAAGAUAUGAACUUAUUUGCUUGUGCAUCAUUUUGUUUACCCUUUUAUGCUUCGUUCAAAUGCCACGGAUUUUAUUGUACGUGUUAUCUGGGGUUCAUCUGCGGUGCUCCCUAGACAGAAUGUAAAACGUAAUGCUGGUACUGAUUAUUUUAUGGCACCAAAUUGCUGUUAGGUGCACUAAGCUUAGUAGAACUGCGUUCAUUCACUCACCCACAGGUUCCAUAACAUUCAAUGCUCACAGCACAACAGAGAGUCUUGAGAGUUGGUCAGCUACAAACGCUGAUCUCUAAAAAGGCUGUUCUGUAGUGAGUCAGUAAGUGCUGAUCGAGCUUGUUUCAGUCUGUCUGUGGUCUGUUUGGUGUGGUGAAUGCACCAGCACUCGUAGAUGGAUAGAUAGAACUUUAUUGAUCCCAGAGGGAAAUUGUAACUAUACUCAACUGAACUUGCAAUAAGCAUCAAACCGAAUGAUUACGGAAUGGACCGGCUACUGAAGAGAUGCCACAUCAAGAGUCAGCUGGUCAGAGAAUGCCUCGCUGAGUUUCUCGGAGUGUACGUUUUGAUACUGUUUGGCUGUGGCUCAGUUGCUCAGGUGACAACGUCUGAGAACACUAAAGGAGAAUACCUGUCAAUCAAUCUUGGGUUUGCACUCGGCACUACAUUUGGAAUCUAUGUGUCGAAAGGAGUAUCAGGUGCUCACCUGAACCCAGCAGUUUCCCUAAGUCUGUGUUUCCUGGGCAGGUUCUCCUGGGCCCGGCUUCCGUUCUAUGUCCUCGCACAGAUUUUUGGGGCCUUCCUGGCAGCAGCCACUGUUGCUUUGCUGUAUUACGAUGCCAUAUUUCAUUAUAGUGGGGGACACCUUACAGUGAGUGGGACCACUGCCACAGCAGGUAUAUUCUCUACUUAUCCUGCGGAGUACCUGAGUCUUUGGGGAGGAGUAGUAGACCAGGUGAUUGGCACGGCGGCCCUCCUAGUGUGUGUUCUGGCGCUGGGUGAUGGUCGCAACACUCCAGCCCCUCCUGGUCUGGAACCUGUUCUGGUGGGAGCCGUUGUCAUGGUGAUUGGAAUCUCAAUGGGCUCAAACAGCGGCUACGCCAUCAACCCUGCACGAGACCUUGGGCCUAGAAUCUUCAGCUGCAUUGCUGGCUGGGGUUUUGAGGUGUUCAGGGCUGGAGGUGGAUGGUGGUGGGUGCCCCUAGUGGCAACUUGCGUUGGUGGCCUUGUGGGUUCAUUGAUUUACGAGCUGAUGAUUGGUGUGCACCACCAUGAGCCAGACAUCUCUAAGGCAAUGGACAAGUGGCAGGAAUCAGACAUGAAAGUUGUACAGCAGGACUCUGAAAAAGUAUCUGGAGGAGGCUACGUGAGCCGAGCGGUGGAGGGUGAGGCCUAGAUUCCUCUGACCUUAAAGAUGAUUUCCACUCAUUUGUCAGAAAUUCCUGCAAAGUUCAGUCAUUGAGACGUAACGGGGUCAUUCAGAGUGGUUCGAUGUGGUUAAUUGUAGAGAAGCUUACUGAGAUUUCUUUACAGUGGUGGUGAUAGGAACCAGGGGUUGUGAUGUUCAAACCUAAAUAUAGUCACUUUAUUCACAAUCCAAAACCAACUUAUCCUACACAUUGAGUUUUUAUAUAUAAACUAGUAGUAAAUCUGAAAAAUAUAUUUUCUUUUAAGGCCAACAUGCACCCCUCUGCCAUUAAUGGAGUAAAUAUGUUUUAGACUAGAACUUCAUCACUAAACAGUAUCUCAGGAUCAGGCAGUGUAUUCUUGACUAUUUCAUGUAUUUCAGCGUAGGAGCUUUGAGGCAUUAAGCUCUUCAGAUGGAAGAUUUUUUUAUCACCACUGAGAACAAGUCUGACUCAGUAAGCUUCUCUAAAAUUUCACAUCACACUCCUCUGAAUAUCUUUGUUCACUUCAUGACCAUUCAUUCAAAACGAUAAAACCAUGUAUAAAUUAAUAUUAAUAGAAAUUGAUAUAAGCUACAUAUAAAUUUCUGAUAGUGAAUUUGGUUGGAAUACGAUGACCUGUGUGGCUGCUUCCAGAACCUAAAGCAUUAAUCAAAACAAGGACUUGGUUUGAACUUUGUUUUAACCUGGGUGAGCGAGUCUCCCACCAUAUAUGAUGACUUUAGCUUACAGUAUGUAUGUAUGUAUGUAUGUAUGUAUGUAUAUUGUCCUUUCUUCCCAAAGUAAUCCAAAACUGUUUGACCCAAGACUUCAGUUAUGAACCAGUGUGCUGGGAUUUACUGUGCUUCUAUUUGUAUGCAGUGUGUAAUGAUUAGCUAAUCUUUAUUUUUUCACAUUUUUUUAAUCUUUAGAUAUCACAUACCAAACUUGCUCACAUAUAAAUAGUACAUUUGAAACAGGGGCAGCAGCUGUACUGUAACAAUUUGCCAUUUUAUUCAGAAACAGUAAAGUAGAACUGACAGAGUGUACGGCAGUGAAGCAGGCAGACCCAAGUUCUACACAGAAUAUGAUGGAUAUCUGGAUUUCUCCUUAUGUAAAGGACAUACAGCAUGUGGUUUUAAGGUUACACACUCGUACAUUCACACACAGAUGACUCACAUGACCACAAUAUUAUUUAUAAUGCAUUUUUAAGAAAUGUGGCUUGUAACGAGCACAGACACUUUUGAUAGAAAAGACUACUAUCAAAGGAAAAAAAAAACAUUUGUAUUCGUAUGUAAUAAAAUGCAAUCCAACACACUCAACAUAUUUUUAAUUAGAAUAAAUUCAUAAAAAAUACACCAGGCUCCUUACCCAGAAACGAUACUUUCACGUUAUUGAUAUCUGAAAUCAGCUAAGGGGGUGAAAGAAAUACAAAUACAAAAGACUAAACUUGAUCACGUUUUCUAACAAAACAACCAGAGCAAGCCAUGAAUGUACUGCAUUUAUACACGUCUUAAUUAUACCAUCAUAAAGUCCACAAGUGGUUUCUAUGGUUGACGUUUGCACUAUUGACCUUUGCAAACCUUCUCUCCCUUACUGACCUUGAGAGUUCUUUCCUUGACAAAUCCACAGAACUCUCAUAUUAAAUCCAUUCUUUGACGCUAACACAUCCACAUGCCAUUCCGUAUUUUACCUCGGAAAGUUAUCAAAUGACUCACAAUCAGUACGAAUGAUUCAUAUAAAUAAAUAUCAAUAAUACAAUGAUACAAUAUCGUUAUUAC